CCAGUAUCAGGUUUCUUCGGUUGAAGAAAACAGCAGAGGUACACCGAGACAUCGAAGGUCAGCCGAGUUAUGAAUUUACUAGGAUUAUUGCUCGUCAUCACACAGUUGGUACUUAUUAACAUUUCUCCGGUAGGGUGUAAGCCGAACACAGUUGAUUCCAAAGUGUCUAAAGAGAUUGUGAUAUUUGGAGGAAACGGUUUCAUCGGUUCAGCUACGGUGGAAGAGUUACUAAAACGGGGUCACACACUGACACUCAUUAACCGCGGGAACUGGUACUGGGACUCGGAGCAGACGAUCAAGCCGCGCGUGCAACACGUCACCUGUGAUCGAGGCAUCGCGCUCACGAAAUGUGAGGAAAUGGUUAAGUACGUCGAAAAUCUCAACUCAACAGUUGGCGCCAUUGUCGAUUUUAGUGCUUUCCAACACUUCGCUGUCGUCGAAGCGACAAAACUAUUUCGGGGUAAAGCGGAUCUGUACAUUUAUAUCAGUUCUGAUUCGGUGUAUGAAGUGUGUUUGAAAAAUCAUUCGAAUCCUUCAAGAGAAACUGACGCUGUGCGACCGAAUUCGAUAGACGAACGUAAUACUCUAGCGGAAAAAGAUCACUACGGUGACAGCAAACUGCGAUGUGAGGAGGAACUGUCAGCCCAAAGACCUAACGGCGGGAUUCCGUUCAUAAGUCUUCGACUACCUGAUGUAAUAGGACCACGUGACAACACAUACAGGUGGUGGAUAUAUCAGAUGUGGUUGCGACUUAUAAAAUAUCUCGAGAAACCCGUAUCCGUACCACGUGACCUUCUGAACCGACCACUGAGUUUGGUGUAUUCCGCAGACGUGGCCAAGGCAGUUGUCGUGUGUUUGGACCCCACGCCGGAAAUGCUGGAUCAGGCAUUUAAUAUUGCUUUUGAAGAGACUCCGUCCCUGUUAGAAAUAAUGAACACCAUGAAAAUGAUGCUGAAUUUAACGGAUAUUUCCAUAAAAACAGAUUCAGGAGACGAACCGUUAUACCUGUUUCCAUCAGUUCGUUUAGGACCAGUAGACAUAUCAAAAGCUCGAGACUUGUUGGGGUGGACCCCAACACCGUGGCUUCAAGCUGUUAACGAAACUAUUGACUUCUAUGAAAAGGCAAUUACAAAUCCGGUUUUUGAAACGGCUAAGAAAGACAUCAUUCGUACUAUGCAGACAUACUUUACAAGCCGUCCUCUUAAAGUUUUGGUUGGUUUGAAGAAAGUUUACGGUGUAACUUACGAAGGACCAACGUUAUCAAAAGACGAACUGUGAUUUGCUUUGUGGUGUUUAGUAACCAUCGUAUUUUUAUAUGUAUAUGUGUACCUUGUGUAACUCAUGCGAUGUAUAAUCUGUGCGAAACUUACCAGUUCUAACCAUUAUUAAAAUGUACCUAGUAUA